CCAUUCGUCCAUCCCGGCGCCCAUCUCAUAGCCUCACUUCUUGGGCCCAUCUUUCCCUCCCUCCCUCCCUCUCUCCUCUCUCCUUCACUCCCUUUUGCUCUCCUUCUCAUCCCCAUUCAUCUCCCAUUGAAUCUGCUUAGCUUCGUCUUUGAGAAUCAUUCCCAAAUGCCAUCAUCAGUUGUUUUCCAGCAGGGCAGUGUUGAAGCCAUGGCCCCUGCUUCACCCCGAGGAGCAGACAAUGGGGAGUCCAAGAGCCCCUCUGGAUCAGAGAACGGAGUCUCUGCCGCGGUCGCAGUUCCCAUUCCCCUCAAGAACGAAUGGGUGUUUUGGCACGAUAAGUUCGUUGCUAAUGCGACCCCUGCUGAAUACACCGAGAAUCUCAGGGAGAUUGCCGAUGUCAACACUGUCCAGUCCUUUUGGUCAGUGUAUAAUAACAUCACGGGCCCUGAGCGCUUGUCGUUGCGAUGCUCGCUUCACUUUAUCCACAAGGGCGUCAAGCCCCUGUGGGAGGAUCCCAAGAAUGAGCACGGAGGCGCAUGGAACUUCAGGACAGCCAAGGGUGACACGGCGUACGUCUGGCGCGAGUUGUUGAUGGCCCUCAUCGGAGAACAAUUCGAGGACACCAUCGCCAAAGACGAUCAAAUCUUCGGAUUGUCAGUGUCGGCGCGCUGGAGCUCGGACAUCUUCCAGAUCUGGAACAUGGACUCGUCAUUGAAGGAGAACGCUACGGUUAUGGACAAGGUGGGCGAGAUUCUCAAGGGCGUCCAAAUUCAGUCGCCCUUUUACAAAGCCCACAAGGACCAUGACCAUUUCAAGAUGUAAAGAUGCUUUCUGUUCUUGAUAGAAAGACCAGCCUCUUGUAUCAGCCCUUUCACCUGCCUUGGCCUUCAGGAUACCUCAUUUAUCGUCGU